CGAUUCAGAUUAGGUUAGUCUUGAUUUCUGCUAGCACGUGGAAAGUGGAAACGUGGAAAAACCCUUGAAAUAAAUAAAGAUAAAAUCAACAAACAAUUGUCUGGGACAUGAAAUUUGGUCAUAAAACCAUGAUUUCAAGCUUGUACACAUUUGAUUUUUAUAGAACGUUAUAAGUCUUACCUGAACGUUUAUUUUACAAUGUAAACAAGCCACAUUAACGGAGCAUAUUGAAAUGGAGGUUCCUAUCGAGACACGAAAACCGUCGAAGAUCGGCUUAUUUUUUAUUGCCGCUACAGGCGGGAUUGCAACAGCGAUUAGCGUCGUAUUUGUCAGCCCUGCGUUUCGCAAGAUAUGUUUGCCAUACGUGCCAGCUACGCAUCAACAAAUAAAAAACGUUAUUCGAGCGUUAAACGGUCGUUCCGGUUCCUUGAUUGAUCUCGGCAGCGGCGACGGACGUAUUGUCCUCGCGGUGGCAAAGCGUGGCUUUAAGGCCCACGGUAUCGAGUUAAAUACCUGGCUAGUAUGGUAUUCGAGACUUCAAGCGCUGAUUAACGGUCUGUCGAGUGACACUGCGUUUCAUAAACAAGAUUUAUGGAAACAUCAUUUGGGAAAAUAUGAUAACGUCGUUAUAUUUGGCGUAGAUCAAAUGAUGGAAGAUAUUGAAAAAAAGUUCAACAGCGAAUUGAGCAAAGAUUCCCUCGUAAUCGCAUGUAGAUUUCCUCUUCCUAACACGCAUCCUGUUGUAACGAUUGGACAUGGAGUUGACACCGUUUGGAUUUACAAGAUACCCCAGAACUGAAUUUGAGAAAGAUAUUAUGCGUACUUACAUCUUCUAUGCACGACUUAGGCAAUGGGAAGCACAUAA